UUUUAUUGUUUUUUAUGAAAUAAGUGUUACAAUAUGUUUCAAAUUCACAAAUAUUUGUUUCAAUUAAGAUAUUUACCUUUGAUAUCGCUGUCGACCACCUAUUAUUAUCGGUACCAUAGAGGCCAACAUCAUCAACGAAUGUCCAGUAAAUUGUGGUCACAAUUUGCUGCAUUGAGGACAACCCAUCUUUCAAACGGACAGACAGUAGAGCCAUUCACUCGGGACUGGUUUAUGCCAUACGUCGCCAUUAAAGCCAAUCUUUCUGAUGCUAUCACUGGCAGCCAAACUAAUAGCACAUCUGUAGACUUCUUGUGUUCGGGUUUUCUAUACAAUUCGAUUGGUUUGAUUUUAGCCGAUAACGACAAAUUCUCGUUUCAAACACUGGUUACGGUCUGCUUUGCCGACGGCAGCGAAGCUCCCGGUCGUGUUGUGACCCGACGGGACGACAUUAGACUGGCCAUCAUUAAGCUGGACGGCCAACGAACAGAUUGGCCGUGCGUUCGGUCUCGCAAUAUCGACAUCGAUCCAUUACAACCGGCCGAAACUGUCUACACAGUGAGCUCAAGGAUCGGAAAUCCUAAUCUAAUGGAAGGUUAUGUAGUGUCAGCCGAACGUUUAAGGACUGAACUACUUGGCGAUCAGAUCCCCUACAAUAUUGAUCUCACACAAAAACUCAUCCAACACACGGCAUUUGUCCAUAAAUUGGAUGUCGUAACGGCUUUAGUGGACACCGAUGGCUUACUAGUCGGCAUUAAUAUCAUAUAUUUUCAGACCACUAUCAACGUGGCUAUGUCCAUCACUAACAUUAUAAAAUUUGUGUUACACUUUGGCAACGCUGUCUCACUAAACGCAUACGGAGUGCUAACCUAUUGGUACGAUCCGUCCAAAUUGAUUAAGUUUAUUCAAUGGGGUGUUCCCGUCAAUAAACUACCCAAUUAUGCCGGUGUACUCGUCUAUCGUGUCUUUUGUAAUCCUGGUGCCAUUGAUGUGAAACAAUACGAUUUGAUAACACAUGCAAACUGUCACCGAUUGAACUCAUGGGACGACUGGUUAGCCGCUGUCGAGUGUGGCACCGAUUUAUUGGUUUCGGUCAAUGAGGACAACUAUCACAGUCAACAGUUACAUCUAUUGCCUAGAAGACCGCUAAACGAUUUAUUUGAACUAACGUUUGCCAUCUAA